UUUAUUUUAUGCAUGUUAAACCCUGCAUACAAAACAACGUAUCUAGUCAUAUGGCUUUCAUUAGCCACCAAUUUUGCACAUUUUAUCCAACUUGUCAUGAGUACCCGGUUUAUACUUCAGCUCUACUCCUUUAAAUGGCCUUUCUUCAGAACCAUUCUUGUCUGGAGCCCUUCUUCCUGUGUUACUUCCCAGGCUUCCUAAGCAACAUCCAGCCAUGCCAAAAGCAAAAACCAACCUCUCCACCAAUAAAUAAAUAAAUAAAAUAAAUAAAAAACCUACCAACUUAAUCUAUACAAGUAUACAAGUCAAGGAACACUCACUUUUUUUCAUUACUCCCUGUGAUAUUUGUAACAAAUGAGAAAUCAUAGAACAUGAAGUUCUGAUAUGAGAUUGGAAGUUUUUUCUUUUUUCUUUUCUAGUUAGAUUGGAAUACUAAAGACAUUAAGAAGGAUACAACUCUCACUAACAGAGAAUGAUUAUUCCCAAAGUUCUUAAGGAUAAAUGAUUUAUGAAGCUGGCAUUCAAUUUCAAGAUGUAAAGUAAUAGUGCAAGUCAAAGAGGGGAGACAAUUAUCCAAAAGGUAGACUUAUUUUCCCACUGAAAUCAUUUGUGUUAAAAGGACCUCAAAUUAUAAUCCCCAUUAAGGAGCACUGUAAAUUUUCUUCCCUGUAAAAAUCAAUAGAAUACUUUGUAAGUAGAAGUAGCUUGAGGAAGAAACACAUGUUUUCUGUAGAGAGACUAAACUGACCCUGAAUAUAAUGAGGAGUUAAUGAGGAGUGUGUGUGAAGUGUGUAUAAAAGACAAGUUGAAAGUUGGACACUCAGUGAGACAGAUGAGCUUGGCUCCAGUAUUUUUCUAGAAGGUAGGUUAGUUUGUCAGUGGUUUAACUGGCUCAGUGAUCCCCAGUGGUGUCACAGCAGUUAAGGGAGCCUUUCCAUUAGAUAAUGAAUUAUGAAAUAUGCCUCACUCUGGGAAAGCCAGUCAUCUGCUGAUGUCAUGCUGAUUCUAACCAAUCCCAAACAAAGUCCCAGCCCUCCUCUGUUUGAGUGGUACCAGUGAGUGUACAAAUAAGUAGUACAGUAUAAAACUGGCCAGUGCCAAUACCAUGAAGAGGGACUCAGACAGCUCUUACCACAUGACAGCGGAGCCUGCUGGUGAGAGAGACAGCACCAGCACCGGAAAGAGAAUCUGCUGAGGAAGAGAAGCAGCCAGCCCCCCCCGCGCCCAGCCAGCAGCCAGCAGCCCCUGUGCGAGGGGGCGGCGGCACGGGGCCUUGGCAGGAGGUGACCGCGCGGGCCGCCAGGAUGCCGCUGCUCGGGCUCCGCGGGCUCCUGCUGGCCAGCUGCUGGGUGGCGGUGCGCGGCGCCCCCGGCCCGGCCGACUGCCCCUCCUGCGCUCUGGCCGCGCUGCCCAGGGACGGCCCGGGCGCGCAGCCCGAGAUGGUGGAGGCGGUGAAGAAGCACAUCCUGAACAUGCUCCAUCUGAAGAAGAGGCCCGAGGUGCUCCAGCCGGUGCCCAAGGCGGCCCUGCUCAACGCCAUCCGCAAGCUGCACGUGGGCAAGGUGGGCGAGAACGGCUACGUGGAGAUCGAGGACGACAUCGGGCGGCGGGCGGAGAUGAACGAGCUCAUGGAGCAGACGUCGGAGAUCAUCACCUUCGCCGAGGCAGGCACAGCCAAGAAGACACUGCACUUUGAAAUUUCCAAAGAAGGCAGUGACUUGUCAGUGGUGGAACGUGCAGAAGUCUGGCUUUUCUUAAAAGUCCCUAAGGCCAACAGAAAUAGGACCAAAGUCACCAUCCGGCUCUUCCAACAGCAGAAGCACCCCCAAGGUGGCAUAGACACAGGGGACGAGGCCGAGGAAGGUGGCUUCAUGGAGGAGAGGAGUGAACAGUUGAUAUCAGAGAAGGUGGUGGAUGCUCGGAAAAGCACUUGGCACAUCUUCCCUGUCUCCAGCAGUAUCCAGCGGUUACUCGACCAGGGCAGAAGCUCCCUGGAUGUUCGGAUUGCCUGUGAGCAAUGCCAUGAGACAGGUGCCAGUCUCGUGCUCCUGGGCAAGAAGAAGAAGAAAGAUGAGGAGGGGGAAGGCAAGAAGAAGGACAAGAAGGAUGGAGAUGGAGGGACAGGAGGAGAAGAGGAGAAGGAGCAGUCCCAUAGGCCAUUUCUCAUGCUUCAGGCCCGACAGUCUGAAGACCACCCUCAUCGCCGACGCCGGCGAGGCUUGGAGUGUGAUGGCAGGGUCAACAUCUGCUGUAAGAAACAGUUUUAUGUCAGCUUCAAGGACAUUGGCUGGAAUGACUGGAUCAUUGCUCCCUCGGGUUACCAUGCCAACUACUGUGAGGGUGAGUGCCCGAGUCACAUAGCAGGCACGUCGGGCUCCUCCCUCUCCUUCCACUCCACCGUCAUCAACCACUACCGCAUGCGGGGCCACAGCCCCUUUGCCAACCUCAAGUCAUGCUGUGUGCCCACCAAGCUGAGACCCAUGUCCAUGCUGUACUAUGAUGACGGGCAAAACAUCAUCAAAAAGGAUAUUCAGAACAUGAUAGUAGAGGAGUGUGGAUGCUCAUAGAC